CAAAGUUACCAAAUUCCCACAGCAGACAAGGAACAGCUACGCAUUCCCAAAAAGAUCCUGCCCUUUCCCUCUCACCAGACCCCUGUCAGACUGAACACCAAAGAGGUAAGUGUCCCUGCCUUGGAUUUACCACACACCAGAAGCAAAGUGAAGGCAACCAUGGAAUUGAGGCCCAGAGCUGAGUGAGAUCUGGGAUCAGAGUUCUGCAAUGCUUGUGCCACAUAACCAGUGGAAUGGUUCCCUCUGACCCCCGACCUCCUCGGCUGAGAUUUGAGGGGGGCUCUGUUCUUGUGCUCCGCUCCUUAGCCAGACGACAGUGACCUUUUAAGUGCCGUACACUGCACAAUAUAAAACAGCCUGGGAUGUCACAUGUCCUGUCCUUAGACAUGCCAGAAAAGGAGGGAGCUGCUAAAGGUUGCCACUGGACCCCACUGAGGAUUCUGGGAGUGGCUGUUUGUAUCUUGAUCUCAUUGGCUGGAAUAGGGGUUACAGCUUGGGCAUUAGUGACGUAUGUUUUGAAGAAUGAACAUCCCAAUCUGUAUAUAGUCCAGGUGAACUCACCAGACCAUCGUCUUACGGUGUAUGAUGAAAAGGAACAGAUAUGGCGUCUUGUCUGUUCAACUUCUUCCAAUGAGGAUGUGGCAGCUCUGAGCUGUGAAGAGAUGGGCUUCAUCAGGUCAUUAUUCCACAGUGAGCUCUCUGUAGAUACAGCAGGAUCAAACGGCACAUCGGGGUACUAUUGUGUGCAAGAAUCUCAACUAAGCAGCGCUAAGAGGCUGUUAGAUGUACUGUCAGUCUGUGAUUGUCAAAGUGGUCGUUUUCUUACAGUACAAUGUCAAGAUUGUGGGCGCAGAAAGUUGGCUGUGGACAGAAUUGUGGGAGGACAAGAUGCUGCUCUUGGUCGCUGGCCAUGGCAGGUCAGCCUGAGAUAUGAGGGUUCCCAUCUGUGCGGAGGGUCCUUGAUAUCAAAUGAAUGGGUUCUGACCGCUGCACACUGCUUUCCUCCGAGGAAUCGUGUAGUGAAUCAGUGGCUUGUGUUUGCAGGGGCAGUAUCACAACUAUCAACCCGGGCAUAUUUGCAUGGGGUCAAAGGAAUAAUAUACCACACCGGGUAUUUACCCUUCCGCUACAUGGACAGUGAAGAAAACAGCAAUGAUAUAGCACUUGUGCAUCUACUGACACCAAUUACACUUACAGAAUAUAUACAGCCUGUUUGCCUUCCGGCUUUGGGUCAAGUGAUUACUGAAGGGAAAAUGUGCACAGUGACUGGCUGGGGAAACACAGCGUAUUAUGGUCAACAAUCUGACAUUCUGCAGGAAGCUUCAGUGCCAAUAAUAAGCAGCUCAUUGUGUAACCAGCCUGAGUACUACACCAAUCAAAUUACAGGGAAGAUGUUCUGCGCAGGAUUCGCAGAGGGCGGGAUUGAUGCCUGCCAGGGUGACAGUGGUGGUCCUUUUGUGUGUGAGGAUAACUUGUCACGUACAUCACGGUGGCGUCUUUGCGGGAUUGUGAGCUGGGGCACAGGGUGUGCUUUGGCUUAUAAACCAGGAGUAUAUGCCAAGGUCGACCAGUAUCAACACUGGAUCUACAAAGUUAUGAAGACACAGUCAGAGUUGAGCGGAAUAAAGGAGAUUGAGUGAAGGGACAUUGAUGCCUUUAGAUUGAAAACUAAAGACUUCCUACACCUGCACUACUGUCUGGUCACAAAAGACGUUAAUGUUCUAUGCAACCAAAGGACUCACUUUAGAUGGCUGGGACUCAAUCGAACCUUCCUCAUCAACUCCUUGUAAUCACUAUGAAAUGUUUCUGCAAUCAGCUGAUACCAAGUUACUGCCAAAUCAAUGAGGCACCCAGGAGUGAGAGUGGACACAUCCAACUGGAUGAACCCAUUGAAGAUAUCUUAAAGAGAAUUCAGAAUGUAAUGGUCUUCAACACUUGAUACAAAAAGUGCAGCCAAUACAUAGGGGCCCUGAAAAAUAUGGCUUCCUCAAUUAGCCCCAAAAACUCAGAAAUGGAGGAUUAUGAAAUUAAGUAGGUAUUAACAAUAAAUAUUAAUUAUGGAAAUAAUUAGCUCUAUUUUCAGUGAAGAGAACUUAUAUAUUGUUGCCAGUUUUCUGCUUCCUACUAUAAUAUAUAAGGAUAAUGUAUAAGGAUGAUAAACUAGCCCCUAAUAGUACCUGAACGAUUUACACAUUGCCACAAACUCAGGGCAUUAGAGGGACUGAAUACCUUGUACAUAAGCUUCCUGCUUACAGUCAUAGAGGUACCAAAGAAUAUAUUAGUGGUAAAAAGGUUCUGACGUCGGUCCAGUAGAUUUGUACAGUUGUAAAGACACUGGAUCUAUGUGUCCAUCAGUAACCCCCAGAUAACAACAGGCUCAGUUAUACAAAACUUGAUGUUCAGAGAAAUAGAAAUAACUAAAAAUGAGAACUGUAGAGAUAUUAUAUCUAUGUGCAUCACUAUAACAUUUAUUAUUGAAACCAAAAUAAAUACAUAAAAUGUUGCAAAAAUAA